AUGGUCGAUAUUACCGCUGAGUCCGUAGGUAAAGCUUUGAUGUCGUGGACAUCCAGAUUUGGAUGUCCAACAGAUAUCGUUACGGACCGCGGGCGACAGUUUGAAUCCACACUUUUCCAAUAUCUUGGAAAAGUGCUGGGAUUCAAACAUCGUCGCACAACCGCGUACCAUCCCGCUUGCAACGGCUUAGUGGAGCGAUUCCACCGUCAACUUAAAGCGGCCAUUAUGUGUCACGCGGAUUCCAAUUGGGUGGACGCAUUGCCACUCGUUCUUCUUGGCAUAAGGACUUCAUUUAAAUCGGAUUUAAACGCCUCAUCAGCUGAGCUAGUUUAUGGUGAGCCUCUGCGUUUACCAGGGGAAUUUUUUAAUCCUAGCAUUCCCGGCUUAGCUGAUAUUCCCGAUUUUAUCGCUAAUUUGCGUAAAUUCUCGGCUAAAUUACAGCCUUCUCCUCCUUCUCGCCAUAGUAAGGAAAAUAUUUUUAUUUACAAAGACCUCAAAACGGCUGAGCAGGUUUUCUUGAGGGAUGAUACAGUGCGCCCCGCCCUGCAACCGCCUUAUACCGGUCCUUACCCGGUAGUCGAAAGGGGUGAUAAAAAUUUUAAACUAUUGAUUAAAGGUAAAGUGGUCUCGGUCAGCAUAGACCGUCUUAAACCAGCUUACAUUUUAGCUGACUCGUCUCCCCAACCUAUUCUCAGUAACUACGUUCCUCCCAUAGUUACACCUGAACCUACUACCACACCUAUUUUAAACGGUAGUCCUGAGUUAACGACCCCAGCUGUUAAAAAGACCCGUUUCGGUCGCGUUAUUAAGGUUCCAAAUCACUAUCGCCCGUAG